ACUUAUGGACCUAACAGAGGAGCCACAAAUAUUAUAUGAGCUAUUCAGGAAGGUUCGCGUAGAUGAGGUCGUAGAAGACCUAAAGGAACUCGGGGUCGAUGUGCGCGAGGAAACACUCAAGAAUCCUACGCCAGAGGCGGCUCUGUGUUUCUAUGGCUUAGCUAUACAAGUAGUAUUCGGGAAAACGCGCACAGACAUACGCCCAGAGGAUGUGUACUCACAUAUUCAUGUCUACGACUCAGGAGUCGAGGGGCUAAAUAUAACAAGCGACAAUCUGGAAUUUCUUAAAAGAGGUAUCGGGAAUCUGAGAUUCUGGAGAUAUUGCCAAAAACUACACGAAACACUAGGACUGCAGAAAAUAGAACGCUAUGAGAUAUUCAAUCCUACCCCUGAAUCAUUUCAUCGAUUUAUAUCGGCUUUUGUUGUUUACAGAAGGUUUAGGGAGGCUUUGAAAAGCUUAUUUGAAGAUUCAGUAGCAAGGCUUAACUUUUGCGUGGAGCAGGACGCACAACUUGAUGAGUCAAUCAAUAAAGUUCGACGUGAACUCCAGAACCUACAAAGGUUGAAAGAUGAAAAUUUAACUAAUAUAGAAUCUAGUGUGGAAGAAAGAGCAAUAUUGGAACAUUCAUUGCUCCAGGCAAAGAAUGUGUUCAAUGAUAGCAAGGAUGAAAAGGCCAAACUUGAUGGAGAAAUUGAGCAUAUCAAACUAUCUAUCAAUGAAGUACAGCUAAAGAAAACCAAAUCUAGACACCUCAAUGAGACACUAAGUGAACAGGUGGUUGUUGAACCCGAUGCCCUCUACAACCAAAAGAAUGAUCUCGAAGCAGAAGACAGUGUUGCGACAGCGACAUUGAAUAACUUGGAAGAGAGGUUUGAAGAUGUAAUAGGGCGCAUCAAAGAACUAGAAGAGUCCUCUAAAUUCCUCGUUGACAUGAAAACUAAACUUUCCCAACAUGUCGAUGAGGUGUUGAAACCUCUGUUAGAAAACAACAGUACCUCUCAAUUAUUACAAAAUAGGAAUGAAACUCUGCGCGAGCAAAUAAGUCAACAAAAAUGUAAGCUAGAAGAAGCGAAAUUAAGUCUAACUAAUACACAACAACAGUAUGAAGAUAAAAUGAACAAGGCAAAGGAGUUGGCAGAUGCUGAAAUUAAACAAGCUCAUAAAUUUGCGGAAGAAAUUGAAAGAGAUGUACAAGGUAUCAAGAAUACAACUGCAGAGCAAAAUGACGAGUUAAGCAAAUUGUCAAAUGAACUCGUAAAUCGUGAGAGAUACAUGAUCGCAACAUUUGCAUCCAUCGAAGAGUAUUUUUCAAAAGUUAAAGAAGCUGCGGAAGCUUAUAAAAGUAGUAUGGAUGCUGUCACAGAAAGAUUGCAUAGUACUGUAACCAAAAGCCACCCAUAUGGUGCUGAAUUCAUCAUGGAUGAAUCGACUUCAUAAUUUCAAUGUAUCAGUGCUGCAGUCACUUUA